AUACAAACGAACAAACAAAUAAUCGCAUUUGAAAUUUUAGAGAGAGAAAGAGAGAAAGCGCCAUGGGAAGUGAAGAGGAGAGCACAGUGAAGGAGCCAUUGGAUCUCAUAAGGCUUAGUCUCGACGAGAGAAUCUACGUUAAGCUCCGCUCCGACAGAGAACUCCGUGGCAAACUUCAUGCUUAUGAUCAGCAUCUUAAUAUGAUUCUCGGUGAUGUUGAAGAAAUUGUGACCACAGUUGAGAUUGAUGAUGAAACAUAUGAAGAGAUAGUUCGGGCGACGAGACGGACCAUCCCGUUCCUAUUUGUUCGUGGAGAUGGUGUGAUUCUGGUGUCUCCUCCACUCCGGACUACUUGAUGAGGAGAGGCAUCGUGGUGUAUGAAAAUCUGCAAGCAUGCUAUAUUUUGUUUAAAAGGUGCUGCAGUAGACUAUUGUUGGGGGAAGGGGGUGGUCUGUGAUUUUGUCUAGUACAUGUGUUUUUCAAAGCACAAGAUUAGUAAUGUUGAAAUCCUAUAGCAUUGGAUAUUUGUAAACCGUGCUUCUUCUGUUUACUUAACUCAUCAAUCUUCAACUGCAUAUUUCUGAGUACAACUCUAGAAUGAGACAA